GCAUAAGUGGCCAGAAGUUCCAAGCGCAAGGGUUCAUUCUGCUAUUGCUUAAUACAUUGCUUAUCACAUAGGAACGCCAUUAACAUCGCCUACAUCAGAUUCGUUCAGCUCAGGUUAUCUGUUCCCAGACAAGAUAAAACAAAGAAGAUGGCUGGUCGAAAUCGCGGGCCUCCACUUCCAAUGAAAGGUGGUCCUCAUGGUGGACUUCCUCCGCCAAUUCACGAGCCCCCGUUUUCUAGGGGUCGCGUGCCGGUCCCUCAUCCGGCAUUGCUUGAAGAAAUGAGAGAAUCACAGUUUGGAAUGGGCUCCAGACCAAUGCCUCCGCACCCUGCUGUCCUUGAGGAACACCUGGCUAAUCAGCAUGAUGAGAUUCAAGGAUUAUUAGUUGACAACCAGCGGUUGGCUGCAACUCAUGUAGCACUGAAACAAGAAGUAGAAGCUGCUCAAUACGAACUUCAGCGAACUGAUCAUUAUGCCCAUUCUUUGCAUAUGGAAACUGAUGUGCAAAUGAGAGAACUUUAUGAGAAGUCUGCUAAGAUGGAAAUGGAUCUCCAAGUAGCUGAUGGUAUGAGGUCAGAGCUUAUGCGAGUGCGCUCGGAUAUUAAGGAAUUUACUGCUGCCAGACAAGAGCUUACUGUUGAGGUCCAAAGAAUGACUCAUGAUUUGACCAGAAUGACUGCACAUUUACAUCAGACUCCAGCAGUAAAAGCUGAAAUUGAAGGUCUAAAACAAGAGCUGCAGCGAGCAAGGGCAGCUAUUGAGAAUGAGAAGAAAGGAUAUGCAGAAAACUAUGAACAUGGUCAGGUUAUGGAGAAAAAAUUGCUAACAAUGGCUCGAGAGCUUGAAAAACUUCGAGCUGAGGUUGCUAAUGCAGAAAAAAGAGCUCGAGCAGCAGCAGCUGUUGGGAAUCCAGGUGCAGGGUACAAUGCAAAUUAUGGGAAUCCGGAAUCUGGUUAUCCAGGAAAUUAUUAUCCUGCUAGUUACGGAAUGAAUCCUAUGAACCCUGCUCAUCCUGCUGGAGCUGAAGGUUAUUCUCAGUAUGGACAUGGACCUGGUGCUUGGGGUGGUUAUGAUAUGCAGCGAGCUCAAGGACCCAGAUAAACUAGUUCAUGUAGGCUCUCACAUGGUGUUGUGCCUGCUACUUUCCGGUUAUAACCAAUGCCUAAAUGAGUUCAUCGAUGACACAUGAGCAUGAUAUUUUCGGCAGAAUCCAGGGGCUAAAGUGUUGCUUAUAUUCAGUCUGGCGGCAACUGAUUUAUUUCGGUUAUUUUGCAACUUGUGCUAGAAAGUGUAGCAGUUAAUAGCAGUGUGGAUUUUCUACUACUAGUUUUAUGAACAAAUUGCUCGGAAUAUUUAUAUUUCCUUGUGAAUUCUGA